GUAUAGCGCGUACAGGGUGGAAGGGAUUUAGGCAGAGAUGGCUAUCGAGGUGCUCUCCGCUCUCGACAAGGCCAAGACACAAUGGUACCACUUCACGACUAUCGUCAUCGCAGGGAUGGGAUUCUUCACAGACUCGUACGAUCUUUUCUGCAUUACGACAGUGACGAAGCUGCUAGGCCGUCUGUACUACUAUGAUCCCACGACAGGCAAACCAGGUACUCUUCCGGCCAAUGUUUCUUCCGCAGUAACUGCCGUGGCUCUCUGUGGAACUUUCGCCGGCCAGCUUUUCUUCGGCUGGCUCGGGGACCGAAUGGGACGGAAGAAAGUCUAUGGCAUCACUCUGAUGCUAAUGUUCUUCUCAGCGAUAGCCUCGGGCCUCUCAUUCGGUCACUCGGCGAAGUCAGUGAUUGGGACGCUGUGCUUCUUCCGGUUCUGGCUGGGUUUUGGUAUUGGCGGAGACUAUCCAUUAUCAGCAACGAUCAUGUCCGAGUAUGCCAACCAGAAGACCAGAGGCGCCUUCAUUGCGGCGGUCUUUGCCAUGCAAGGCUUUGGGAUUCUAGCAGGUGCCGCGGUUUCUCUGCUGGUGUCUGCCAUCUUCAGGCACGCAUAUCCGAGUCCGGCCUUCAUCGUCGAUCACGUUGCUUCAACUCCUCCUGAGGCUGACUACGUGUGGAGGAUCAUUCUCAUGCUUGGGGCAGUCCCGGCGGCGUUAACUUACUACUGGAGGAUGAAGAUGCCGGAGACGGCUCGCUACACAGCUCUGGUUGAAGGCAACGUGAGCCAGGCAGCGGAAGACAUGAGCAAGGUGUUACAGGUCCGGAUCGAUGCUACUAUUACUAGCUCGGAAGCUGAGGUACAGCAGUCUCGACCGCAGCCUCCAACAUACAAGCUUUUCUCGAGGGAGUUCGUGAGGAGGCACGGGCUCCAUCUCCUGGGGACAACCACGACUUGGUUCCUCCUCGAUAUCGCCUUCUACAGCCAGAACCUCUUCCAGAAGGACGUGUUCACGGCCGUGGGGUGGCUCGAGAGUGCCAAGAAGAUGAGCGCGCUAGAGGAAGUUUACAGGAUCUCGAGAGCCCAGGCGCUGAUAGCUCUGUGCUCCACGGUUCCAGGAUACUGGGUGACAGUCCUCCUCAUCGACAAGCUCGGCCGCUUCGUGAUCCAGCUCAUCGGCUUCUUCUUCAUGACGGUGUUUAUGUUCGCACUGGCCGUGCCUUACCACUACCUCAAGGAUCAUCACACCGCCUUCAUAGUCCUGUACGCGUUCACGUUCUUCUUCGCCAACUUCGGCCCGAAUGCCACCACCUUCAUCGUCCCGGCGGAGCUGUUCCCGGCGCGGCUGCGCUCGACGUGCCAUGGGAUAUCGGCGGCGGCUGGCAAGGCCGGGGCCAUUGUUGGAUCGUUUGGGUUCCUGUACGCGAGCCAGAGCAGGCACAGCAGCGAGAUCGACAAGGGGUACCACACGGGGAUUGGUUUGAGGAACGCGCUCAUCGUGCUGGGAUUUUGCAACUCGCUGGGGCUGGUGUUCUCGCUGCUGGUGCCCGAGACCAAAGGAAAGUCGCUCGAGGAGCUCUCUGGGGAGGAACCUCUGUAGAAUAUUCCCUUAUUUUUUUAUCGAAAUUUAUCCUAAAAAUUAAAAAUC